ACUUCAUCAAUCAACGUGAUUCAAAUUGGGAACGGUAGCUGAGAUUAAGAGCUACAACAUAUCCAAGUUUCGCGACAUUCCAACGGCUAGUUUUUCGUCGACAUUGUUUCUUGUGAAGACGACGUUUCUGUCCAGAAUUUCGGAUUUAUAUUUUGAGUAAUUCUAGUUCCUAAGUUCACCUAGACUCCGUCCUUAAUUCUAACAAGUGGUAUCAGAGCAAUAUUAAGGACAUUGAGAGGAGUCUACAGAAGUGUGAAGACCCUUCUAGACCCACCAUGGCCUGUGGGUGUGCCUAAGUGGUGUUCUAAAGGUUGGAUGUGUCUUCCGCUAAGGGAAACUCUGCCGAAAUUUCGUGGACGCCGAUACUUGUGAAAAUAUCGAGGAAGCUGAGUGUGGACAGCAAAGGGGGGCUGAAAUUCGUCAUUUCUCAAGGAGAAGAUGAAUGAGAGAGGAGGAGAUGCUAAUGGAAGAGGAGCUGUACCUGAGAAGGCAAGUGAGCCGCCGCCAUCAAAAGUUGAAGCUUUGGAUGGCUCCAACUAUGAGGAAUGGAGCGGACGGAUGAGGAGUGCCUUCAAACGCUACAAGCUACUGAAGAUUGCUGUUGGGGAAGAGAAGAUGCCGGAAGAAGGCGAAGCACGUGAACGGUGGAUUGAGAAAAACGCGGUGCUUUUCGACCUCAUCCUUCAAUCGGUCAACAAGGAGAUGUUCGAGCACAUCAAGGAUCUUGUGGAAGCGGAUGAUUCGGGUCCAAGGGCAUGGAAACUACUACGCGAUGUGUUUCAGCCCAGCACUCUCCUGAUGGUGAUCGUGCUCAAGAAGGAACUUGCUGCCAUCUCCAUGCGACCAGGGGACGAUGUGAAGCUGGUCCUUGACAAGAUCAAGGACACCUAUGCAAGGAUGGCAGCAGCGGGCAGCGGUGUAUCUCAGCUGCAGCAGUGCACCAAGAUCAUCUCGGUGUUGGACAACUCUUGGGACAACCUCAUCCCCACCCUCAACUCUCAGCAAGAUCAAUGGACACCUGAGUGGCUAAGGCAGCAGAUUCUGCAGGAGGACUUCCGCAGACGCCAUGUGGGAGGCGGUGCUGCCACUAAGACUGCUGAGGGGUAUGGAGCUGCAGGGCGCGGCAGAGGAAGAGGGGGUUGGAGAGGCCGAGGCCGUGGGAGAAGCUUUGGCAGAGGUAGAGGCCGAGGUGACUAUAAUGAGGGGCAUGGGAGCUCCAGUGGCAGGGGGAGUACCAGAAUGGAGGGCACCUGCUGGUACUGCAAGAAGGUCGGGCAUCCUUGGUUCAAGUACUUCAGCAGGCCGGAGGGAUGGGCACCUCCAGGCAUGAAGCCGCCAAGUGGUGAACGCGCACAAGGUGGCGCUGUGCAAGGCUCAGGUGCACAAGGUGAAGGUGCACAAGGUAACGCCUAUCCUGGGAUGUAUCUCAUGGUUGAGGAUGUGCAUGGGCAUGAGGGUGAUGUGGGAUCUGUGGGAAAGGUUGUGAUGCACCCUCUCACGCACUGGGUGAUUGAUUCAGGUUGCACCAGUCACAUGACCCCACGGGCAGAUUUGCUUGAUGAGGUAAAACCCCCUGGGAAGAUCAAGUAUGUGGCAGCAGCGUCAGGUGCUUUGCUCCCCGUGAUUGGUAUUGGAAAUGCCAAGGUUAAGGGAGCUAAUGGGGAGCUUGUGGGGCUUGGGAAUGUUCUGCUGGUUGAAGGCUUGUCUGCUAACCUUCUCUCUUUGCGACGACUGCAGAAGAGCAAGGCCGAAGUGACCUUUGGACCAACCAGCUGCCGUGCUAAGCUUGGGAAGAAGGUGCUGUGGAGUCUGGAAGAGGAGACCAGCUGCAUCAAGGACCUGUGGCAGCUGCCCAUCAUCCCUUGGAAUGGGAAGACUCCAACAGCAGCAACGGCAGCAGCGGCAAAGGCAACAGCAGGAGGAGAUGCAACUGCACCAACUGAUGGGGUCCUGGAAGCAGUCAAGAAAGUGCAGCAGCAGCAGACACAUGGUGAGGUGCUUGCUGGUGUGGAUGCGAGUGCGGCAUGGGCUAAGGCUUCAUCAAGGAGUGGAGAGGCCGAUUGGGAGACAUGGCAUGAGAGGCUGUGUCAUGUGAACUUCCCUAUGCUGCAGAAGUUGGUGAAGGAUGGGAGCCUGAAGGGCUUGGAGGUGAAAGGGGGAGUGAAGGAGAUUGGGAGCUGCCCUACAUGCUUGGAGACCAAGUUCUCCAAGUUCCCCUUCAACAGCACUACAGGACCAGCCAAGACCCCACUUGCACUUGUGCACAUGGAUGUGGUGGGGCCCACAAGAGCCCCUUCCCUCUCAGGCAGCCGCUAUUUCUUGACAAUUGUGGAUGACCACACUCGAGCAGUGUCGGUUUACCCUUUGAACAGCAAGGGGGAGGUGGCAGCGGCUGUCCUUAAGGAGUGGAUGCCGAGAGCUCAGAGGGAAUGCGGACACAAGGUGAAGGUGAUCCGUAGUGACAAUGGUGGGGAGUUCAUUGGAGCUGAUUUUGAGGGGGAGUUGAAGAGGAAGGGGAUCCAACAUCAACUGACAGUGCCCUACAACCCGCAGCAGAAUGGCGUGGCUGAGAGGUUCAACAGGACCCUGCAGGAGGGGGCACGCACUCUCCUUGGGCGUGCAGGGCUGCCUGAUCCGUUUUGGGUGUCUGCACUGAGGCAGGUCGCCCUUGUGAAGAACAGGGUGCUGGCUACAGUUGGAGAUAAGGAGUGGAUCCCAUAUGUCAAGUGGUAUGGGAGUGCUCCAGCUGUGAAUAUGCUGAGGGCAUUUGGGUGCAUGGUAGUGUUUCAUGUGCCUAAGGAGAAAAGGGGGAAGUUGGAGGCUUCUGGAAGAUGGGGUGUGCACUUGGGGAUUGCAAAGGAUCACAAGGGGUGGCUGCUAUGGGACUUGACCACCCAGAAGUUGACAGUGUCAAGGGAUGUGAAGUUUCUUGAGUCCCUGUACUACAAGGAAUGGAAGCAGCAGCAACAGAAGCUUCCAUCUACACCGCUCAUUGUGGAGGCAGAUGAGGUGCAGCACCUUCAAGACAGGCACAAGUAUGGACCUGAAGGGGAGCUGACCCGAUACAAGUCUAGGCUUGUGGCACGGGGGUUUCAGCAGACAAAAGGGAAGGACUAUGAUGAGGUAUUUGCUCCUGUGGGGAAAGGAACAACACUGAGGGUGCUGUUGGCGAUAGCUGCACUCCUGGGAUGGAAGAUACGGCAGAUGGACAUUGCGCUGGUGGCUGGGGGUUUCAAGAAGAGUGAGUGUGACCCCAGCCUGUUCCUGCUGCAGGAGAAGGACGAAAUCCUCAUGCUCUUGGUGUAUGUGGAUGAUAUCCUUCUCUUUUCUGCAUCAACUGUUUUGCUGGACAGCGCAGAGCAGAUGCUGGAGAUGCAGUUCAAGUGCUCCAAGAUGGGUGAGGUGAAGUACUACUUGGGGAUGCAUGUGGAGAGAGAUGUGGAAAAGGGUGUGCUGAGGUUGCACCAGAGGAAGUACUGUGAGGGGCUGGCUGAGAAGUAUGGGCUGCAAGAUGGGGGAAAGCCAGCAACACCACUACCUUCGGGGUUCACUGUGGAGCCAUGUGCUGAUGAGGAGGACUUGGGGCAGGUGAAGUACUACUUGGGAAUGCAAAUUGAGCGUGAUGAGAGUGCCGCAGAUUGCAUUCGCAGUCUCACAGCUAUCUAAGGUCGCCUCUUGUCCUAAAAUGUUCCACUUGCAGGCCGCUAAGAGAGUGCUGAGGUACCUGAAAGGUGGUGUCAAGUCAGGUAUCUUCUUCCAAACACAGCCCCAAUCUCAGGUCCAGCUGGUUGGCUUCAGUGAUGCCGACUAUGCUGGAGAUUCCGCAAGUCGCAAGAGUCACAGUGGGUA